GUACGUGUUUGCGUGUGUUUUUCCGCUUGGGGCUCGGGCCCAGAGUGUUGGCGCUGGCGCGCGUUCGGGUACAGAUACCCAGGGGGCGUUUGGGUCUCUACACGUGACUGCGGGUGGGGAGCACGCACCGGGGAGAGAGAAAGAUUUGUGGGAUUCCCUGCGCCGGUGACUCGGAAAGCCGGAGCACCCAGGCGCACGAGCUAAAGGACUUGACUUAGAGGCGGCUGGGCGUCUCCACGUGGGGCAGCAGAGUUGUGCGCGAGCCUGGAGCUUUUGUUCACGCGCAUUGGCCGAAUGGGAGGCUCGGCAGCUGACUUGGCUAGCCCGAGGCCCGGCGAAGCGAAGAAGCUGCGGAUCCGCACAGAGAAGCAGCCGAAAGCUUAAGCUGCUGCGCUCGGAGCGUGCGAGAGGCGAGCGCCCCUGCCCGGCGCCACGGUUGCGGGGCAGGCUGCCUGGCUCCCGCCCUCGCUCCCUCCCACUUCCUCCCUGGCCCUGCCUCCUCCACGGUUCCCCGGGGGUUGGAUGGCUGAGGCCUUUCAGACGUGGGCUGAGCUGAGAAAGAGCCCGGGCGAGCUCCUCUGGCUGCAGCGAACUCUCUUCUGGAUCAGCCACCUAGAGGCGACUUUGGUGUGCGCGCGGCGCCCUGGUGGCUCCCCGCCCUCCCCUCUGAUCAUGUUGACAUAAACGCAGGACAGGCCGUAGUACCGCGCGGCGCAGCGACGUUCCAGUUUCCGACACCUUCUUUUUAUAACUCGGCUCUAUUCCCCCAGCACUCGACCUGUGAAAACCACGCCUAUGCAGCCACACAAUUGGUCCGAAAGCGUCAAAGAGCCAAUCAACAAGCCUCGGGCUCCCGCAGCCCACAGCGCAGCUCGACCGUCCAGAGCCGCCGAGCAGACGCCCGGGGAAUUCUAGAGGCGGAGGAGGGUGGCGAGGAAAGCGAUUUCGCUCACGUUUUUUUAGCACAAGGAAGACAGCCGAGUCCCCGAGGUAGAAGAUCGCAGGCACCAUUUGGAUCGCCACCCAGACACUGCGCGCAGCUCGGAGUCAGAGAGAAGAGUAGAAGCGCGAACCGAAGCCAGCUUUGCAGCUACGAGUUUUGAUAACGUCGCUGGAAAGGGGCUUAAAUCAGUUUUUUUUUAAGGAGAGACUUUUUCCUCCCCCCCGCUUGAUCUCGCUCCCAGUGAAAGCAAGAAUCUUUCUAGCUCAUCUAAGACGUCUCCUGCGAGAAAGCCAGAGAAGAGCUAGGGGGCGGGGGAAGGAGACGAAAAAAGGUUAAAAAAAAAAAAAGUCUCGGAGAACCUUGCGCUUUGGCAACAAAGAGCGUGGGAGCCGGGGAGCCACCCCGGGAAAAGGCUGUGCGUCUAUUUCCAGCUAAGCCACAGGGCUCGGGCGCCAGUCGAGCCCCUGCUUGUGGCUCGCCCUACUGAAACCGACAUCCAGGAGCGGCUUUUCAAACAUACUCCACGCACCAGGACAGCCCCUGCAGCGGCUAUGUCUCCCGAUCUGUCGCCGUGCCCUCUUUAAAAGCCGCAUUCUCUUCCCUCAAAGAUACUUUCCCCUUCCCUUUCAAAGGCUUUAAUUGUAAUUGGUUCCUCUUUUUAUUUUAAAGCAAAACUAUGCGUUGCUAUUGAAUUUUUUUUAUUGUUUUUGAAAAGCAAAAACAAAAGCAGAGCCAAGCCAGCAGCUGCGGACUGGUUCCCUAUCUGGAGUGGAUGAGCCUCUCCAUGAGAGAUCCGGUUAUCCCUGGGACAAGCAUGGCCUAUCAUCCGUUCCUACCUCACCGGGCGCCAGACUUCGCCAUGAGCGCGGUACUGGGCCACCAGCCGCCUUUCUUCCCCGCGCUAACGCUGCCUCCCAACGGCGCCGCGGCGCUCUCCCUGCCCGGAGCCCUGGCCAAGCCCAUCAUGGAUCAGUUGGUGGGGGCCGCUGAGACCGGCAUUCCCUUCUCAUCCUUGGGACCCCAGGCUCACCUGAGGCCUCUGAAGACCAUGGAGCCCGAAGAGGACGUGGAAGACGACCCCAAGGUGCACCUGGAGGCCAAGGAACUUUGGGACCAGUUUCACAAGCGGGGUACAGAGAUGGUCAUUACAAAGUCGGGAAGGCGAAUGUUCCCUCCAUUUAAAGUGAGGUGCUCUGGGCUGGAUAAAAAGGCCAAGUAUAUUUUAUUGAUGGACAUUAUAGCUGCUGAUGACUGUCGAUACAAAUUUCACAAUUCUCGGUGGAUGGUGGCCGGUAAGGCAGACCCCGAAAUGCCAAAGAGAAUGUACAUACACCCGGACAGCCCCGCUACAGGGGAGCAGUGGAUGUCCAAAGUCGUCACUUUCCACAAACUGAAACUCACCAACAACAUUUCGGACAAACACGGAUUUACUUUGGCCUUCCCAAGCGAUCACGCAACGUGGCAGGGGAAUUAUAGUUUUGGGACCCAGACCAUACUCAACUCUAUGCAUAAGUACCAGCCCCGGUUCCACAUCGUCAGAGCCAAUGAUAUCUUAAAACUGCCGUACAGUACAUUUCGCACAUACCUGUUCCCGGAAACGGAAUUCAUUGCCGUGACUGCCUACCAAAAUGACAAGAUAACUCAGUUAAAAAUAGACAACAACCCUUUUGCAAAAGGUUUUCGGGACACUGGAAACGGCAGGAGAGAAAAACGAAAGCAGCUCACCCUGCAGUCUAUGAGGGUGUUCGAUGAGAGACACAAGAAGGAAACCGGGACUUCAGACGAGUCCUCCAGCGAGCAGGCAGCCUUCAACUGCUUCGCCCAAGCCUCCUCUCCGGCUGUGUCCACUGUGGGGACAUCCAACCUGAAAGAUCUGUGUCCCAGUGAAGCCGAAAGUGACGCCGAGGCCGAGAGCAAGGAGGAGCACGGCCCUGAGGCCUGUGACGCCGCGAAGAUUUCCACCACCACCGCGGAGGAGCCAGGCCGAGACAAGGGCAGCCCGGCCACCAGGGCUCAGCUGUUCCCCGCGGAAUCCGGCCGAGUCCGAGACACCGCGCGCCUGGACAAGGCAUCGCCAGAUUCGCGCCACAGCCCGGCCACCAUCUCAUCCAGCACUCGCAUCCCGGGAGCCGAGGAGCGCAAGAGCCCGGGACGCGAGGGUCCAGGUGCCGCUAAGGUGGAUGAGGUUCGCUCGCUGCCCGCCAAGGACGCCUUCGCGCCACUGUCAGUGCAGACGGACGCGGCCGCGCACCUGGCGCAGGGGCCCCUUCCAGGCUUGGGCUUCGCCCCAGGCCUAGCCGGUCAGCAGUUCUUCAACGGGCACCCUCUCUUCUUGCACCCCGGCCAGUUCGCCAUGGGCAGCGCCUUCUCCAGCAUGGCUGCAGGCAUGGGGCCUCUGCUGGCCACAGUAUCCGGGGCAUCCACCGGCGUCUCAGGCCUGGAUUCCACAGCCAUGGCCUCGGCUGCUGCAGCGCAGGGACUGUCCGGGGCGUCGGCUGCCACCCUGCCCUUCCACCUUCAACAACACGUUCUGGCCUCCCAGGGCUUGGCUAUGUCGCCUUUUGGGAGCCUGUUCCCUUAUCCCUACACAUAUAUGGCUGCUGCAGCCGCGGCUUCCUCGGCGGCCGCCUCCAGCUCCGUGCACCGCCACCCGUUCCUCAACUUGAACAGCAUGCGCCCCAGGCUACGUUACAGUCCGUAUUCCAUCCCGGUUCCAGUGCCUGACAGCAGCAGCUUGCUGGCCUCUGCGUUGCCAUCCAUGGCUUCCGCCGCGGGGCCCCUAGACGGCAAGGCAGCCGCCCUGGCGGCCAGCCCGGCCUCGAUGGCCGUGGACUCGGGUUCGGAACUGAACAGUCGCAGCUCCACGCUGUCCUCCAGCUCAGUGUCCUUGUCACCCAAACUCUGCUCAGAGAAAGAGGCGGCUACCAGUGAACUGCAGAGCAUCCAGCGGCUGGUCAGUGGCUUGGAAGCCAAGCCGGACAGGUCCUGCAGUGGGUCCCCUUAAAAACAAAACAAAAAAAAAAAAAAAAAAAAACGAAAACCGCUCCCCCAAAGGUCUCUCCAUUCCAGUUCGGUCAAAUCUGCCAGUGCACUUUGUUGGAUGUAAAAUAAACCACAGACCUUCCACUGGGGUGAUUCCCCAUCCUUCAAUUUUGUCUGGGAAGGAGCACCAGGCUCCCUCCAGAGAAUGCGCUAGAGACCACAGGCCUUGUCUUGCACUGUGGAAGCAGGCUGCUGUUGCUUUGAGACGCGGGGGUGGGGGCGGGGGAAACUGGCUUUUGUGUCUAGAGCGACUUCAGUGGAGGCUGGUGUGAAAGUUGGGGCUGAAGAACGAGGUAGCCAAGGCCGGCCUGCCCUGUUUGAGAGACUACACCCAAAUCUCUUUCCCCUUCGUGUGUCAAGUGGAAACAAAAAUAAUUUUUUCCCUAAACAAACUAACAAACAAACCCCAAACGGGGACAGAUUAAGUCCCGUGGAACUGUCUAUGAAGACUUAAAUUGCUUUACUAGGGAAGGGAGAAGGCCUUGCCUGGUCUAUGUUAAAGGAAUCCUGUGUCUUUUUAAUAUCCUGAGGUUUUAAAGGAGGGAUACCGGUCCUUUUCUGUUUGUUUGUUUGUUUGGUUUUGCAUGUUACAGUUUUCUGGGUUUUAUUUUUUGAUGUUUUUUUGGCUUUUACAGAAAAACAACAAAACCCCUGCCAUCCUCAACCCUGCUCAAACCGGCAACCCCGAGGAAGUAGGGGUGGGGUGGGGUGGGGUGGGGUAAAGGGAAGCAAUGGGGUUGGAAUCCACUGAGUUUAUUUUAUCUGUUUUAUCUAAGCGCUGUAGAGGGCUUCGUGCGCCCAUCUGAUCAUUAGUUCUCUCAACUGUAUAUGCAAUAACAAGGUUUUAAAAGAAAUAAUAAAGAGGAAACACGACUAUUGGACAAAGUAUUUAUGUAAUUAUUUGAUAUCUCUUGUAAAUAGGUGGAAUAUGACCGCUCAGAAAGUUAAACUUUAAUUUAUUGAAUUGUACAUAGCUGGAUGUAAAUAGAAGUGUGUCUGUCAGGUUUUAUUCUUGUUUUGCCUUUUGGGUUUUAUUUCCAGGUCAGGAGAUGGCUAAUUCACACUAACGAGCAUAGGCUUCUGUACCUCCAUCUAAUGCUUUCAAAUAGAGCUGGCUGCAAUUUUAAUUGUCCAAGAGCUGGUGCGGGGUGGGGUGGGGUGGGGAGGUUGGGAAUACUAGUUCCUAUUUUCAUCAAAAUUGGGGAGGUAUUGGCCCUUUCAGGCUCCAUUCGAAAUUCCCUGAGCUCUGACAUCCUGGGAGGGAUUGGGAUUGUCAGGGGAGCAGAGGCUGCCGUAAGUAACCUUCCUAAUUCUUUGUCCUCUGGUAUCUUCAACCCAAGUGAGGAUUUCUUGCCAUUGUUCAUUUGAUGGUGUUUUGGACUGGUGUACAGAGAGGGACUCAUUCAAACAACCAUGAAAGGCAAAACAAAAUAACAAAAAUCUUUUUAAAAAAAUCUAUGAAGGCAUAUUUUGUGUUUAGUACUUGAUGAGUUUUCUGUAAUUCUCCUCCUUAAAAACAUCAGUGAAAUUUCAAUAAAUUUUUAUUGAAAUGA